CCGAGCCGGCUCAGAGCGAGAAAAGCGAACCCAACCCGUCGGGGCCGCCGCUCCGGACCUGCCGCCGCCGCCGCCGCCGCCUCCUCCCCCCGGAUCGGGUGUACUGUCCCAACCCGAAAGUCCAGUUCUGCGGCCCGGCAGCGGCGAGCAAGCGCGAUGACACAGGAGUACGACAACAAACGGCCAGUGUUGGUUCUUCAGAAUGAAGCACUUUAUCCACAGCGGCGCUCCUAUACGAGUGAGGAUGAAGCCUGGAAAUCUUUCCUGGAAAACCCUCUCACUGCAGCAACCAAAGCGAUGAUGAGCAUCAAUGGAGAUGAAGACAGUGCAGCUGCACUGGGCUUGCUCUAUGACUAUUACAAGGUGCCAAGAGAGAGGAGGUCUUCAACAGCAAAGCCAGAUGUUGAGCACCCAGAACCAGACCACAGCAAAAGAAACAGCAUACCGAAUGUGACUGAGCAGUCCCUCAUUUCUGCUGGAGAAAACAGAGUGCAAGUACUGAAAAAUGUGCCAUUUAACAUUGUCCUUCCCCAUGGCAACCAACUGGGCAUUGAUAAGAGAGGCCAUCUAACAGCUCCUGAUACUACAGUCACUGUCUCCAUAGCAACAAUGCCUACUCACUCCAUCAAGACAGAAACCCAGCCCCAUGGUUUUGCUGUGGGAAUCUCUCCAGCAGUGUAUCAUCCUGAGCCCACUGAGCGGGUGGUGGUUUUCGACCGGAAUCUUAAUGCUGACCAGUUCAGCUCUGGUGCUCAACCCCCAAAUGCUCAAAGGCGAACUCCAGACUCUACCUUCUCAGAGACCUUCAAGGAAGGCGUUCAGGAGGUUUUCUUCCCUUCGGAUCUCAGUCUCCGGAUGCCUGGCAUGAAUUCAGAGGACUAUGUUUUUGACAGUGUUUCUGGAAACAACUUUGAAUAUACCCUAGAAGCCUCAAAAUCACUUCGACAGAAACCAGGAGAUAGCACCAUGACAUACCUGAACAAAGGCCAGUUUUAUCCUGUCACUCUGAAAGAGGUGAACAGCAGUGAGGGGAUCCACCGGCCCAUCAGCAAAGUCCGAAGUGUGAUCAUGGUGGUUUUUGCAGAAGACAAAAGCAGAGAAGAUCAGUUAAGGCAUUGGAAGUACUGGCACUCCCGACAGCACACAGCUAAACAAAGAUGCAUUGAUAUAGCUGACUAUAAAGAGAGCUUCAAUACCAUCAGUAACAUUGAGGAGAUUGCGUAUAAUGCCAUUUCCUUCACUUGGGACAUUAAUGAUGAAGCAAAGGUUUUCAUCUCUGUGAACUGCUUAAGCACAGAUUUCUCUUCUCAGAAAGGCGUGAAGGGGUUGCCUCUUAAUAUUCAAAUUGACACCUAUAGUUAUAACAACCGUAGCAAUAAGCCUGUGCAUCGGGCAUACUGCCAGAUAAAAGUCUUCUGUGAUAAGGGAGCUGAAAGGAAAAUCAGGGAUGAAGAACGAAAACAAAGCAAAAGAAAAGGCAAGUGUACUGACCCCAGCUCCCAGUUGAAUGCCUUUUCUGAUGUUAAAGUGCCACUGCUUCCAUCUCACAAACGAAUGGAUAUCACGGUUUUCAAGCCCUUUAUUGAUCUUGAUACUCAGCCUGUCCUCUUCAUUCCGGAUGUGCACUUUGCCAACCUUCAGCGGGGUACUCACGUCCUUCCUAUUGCCUCAGAAGAAUUGGAGGGUGAAGGAUCUAACUUAAAAAGGGGUCCCUAUGGAUCAGAGGAAGAUUUUGCAAUUCCACCUCCUGCUAAGCUGACUCGGAUAGAAGAACCAAAGAGAGUGCUGCUCUACGUGCGAAAGGAGUCAGAGGAAGUCUUUGAUGCCCUGAUGCUCAAGACUCCAUCUUUGAAAGGCUUGAUGGAGGCUAUCUCAGACAAAUAUGAUGUGCCCCAUGAUAAGAUUGGGAAAAUAUUCAAGAAAUGUAAAAAAGGUAUUCUGGUGAACAUGGACGACAACAUCGUGAAGCAUUACUCCAAUGAAGAUACCUUCCAGCUGCAGAUUGAAGAAGCGGGGGGGUCUUACAGACUCACUCUCACCGAGAUCUAAGGGCACACUGGCCUGCCACUCCCAGCGAGCUUAGGGAAGGUGUGACGUAGCUCCUACUGUUUGGCAAGCUGCAGGUACAUCGCAGGUAUGGGUGGAUGUCAACGGAAGGGACUCCUCUCGAGUUGGAGACGGUGCUGCAUGUGGCUUAUAGAUAGCAUUCCACAUCUACAUUGGCGUUUUCAGAUGACAGAAAUCCAUACACCAUUAUGUUUGAAUUUUCUGAUAUAAAUACUUAGGAUUAAAAGUGAAAACUUUGUUCUAAGAUUUAAUAGACUCUCUGGGAACCUUUGGAAGAUCUGCUACAUUAUUUAUAAAAAUAUUGGGAUAUGUACCUUGCCUCUUCAGUGUCGGUGGGCCUGCUCACUAGCGCAAGUCAGAAAAGGCAGCGGGCUUGGGUUUAAGGAUUUCGUGCCCUUGCCUGAGCUCAGUGUAACUCUGCCUGCCUCAGGUUAGCGGGAGUAGCGUCCAAAGAGGAGAGGAUGCGCCCUUUCUCCCUCAGCCUCUCAGCCUCCAGAAAAUGUUUACUCAAAUAGGGCAUGUUACUGAAUCUUCCUUUGCAACUUUCUUGAACAUAUCAACCGCCUUUCUUAUGAAGAACUGAAAAAUGGGUUACAGUAUGAAUCAGUUAAGCUAACGCUGCAUUGUAUAUAAGUGCAAUACAUUUUUGAAGGCCUGUGUCUGUAAAUGUGUAUAUACAUGUCUAAUACAAAUAGAUAAUAUAUAAAGGUGGUGUCUGUACAUAUAGUGAAGAGAUGCAAUAAGGUCUACCUUGAAGACUUCCCCUAAAUGAAAGGUUAAGUUAUUUUUGAUAAUGUAUACCAAGCAGAUUGAGUACUGUGCCUAGUGGAACUCACUAAGAUGUGUUUUCCUAAACAGCAGUCAUCCCAGAGCAUAGCAAAACCUUCUCAAAUGGCAUAGAUUGUUUGCUCUUGAGAGUGUUACUCGGAUUUCUGCACUGUUUAACAAAUGAAGUAUAGGAAAAAACACUACUGCGACUACUAGCUGUUAUGUAGGCUAAUGUCAAUCCUACGUACCUAAGAGAGUGAACACACAGUCCUUAUGACAAAACACACGCAAUUGUUGUGUAGUAGGUGAUACGACCCAAAGUGGAGUCCUUUCUCAUCUUCCUCUUGUAGGAAAUGAUUUCUAUUUUAUCAUGUUUCAGAGCCUUCAUGCUUUGAUUGACUUGUAUGCUAACAAUUCUAGAAAGCAUUCAUGAGUUUAUGAUACUGUAUUACUAUGGCAGGGGAACAUUUUGUACACAUUUUUAAAUAUAUGAAAGUACUAAAGUGUAAUUUUAUAACAAAAUCACGGGUAUCUAGGUUCAGGGAGCUAGAAUAGGUCAUUUGUAUAAGUAGGAUUGAUGGUGACAUUUUUACAUUAAAAUAUUCUAAUGAAGUAUGUGAACUAAAUUGCUGGUUUUCUAAGAUAAGAUAUGGGACACGGGUCAUAACUAUUUUAUAUUUUGUUUAUGAAAUAAGUUUUUGUCUUUAUUGUUUUUAAUUGUAUCAUUGAAGAUGUAUUUUAAACCAAAGGGAUUAAAUUUUAUAUGUCUAUUUCA